AGCAAUCCUCCCAUCCAUGAAACUCACUCAAAUCCACUCUUUACACUCCCACCCACCCACCUGGGUCCCGAAUAAAAAGAAAAAGAAAAGCAGAAAACCCCCAUAUACAAUUGACCCUUCCCCUCGAUCGGUCUAACUCUAAUUCUAGUUCUAAUUCCAAUUCCAAAAGAACCAUGAAAACACACGCUAUAACGGCUCGCCGAGACCGGUCUCGAUAUAAUACCCUCAGUAGAAAGACGCACUGACUACGAGUCGGGUAUUAUCCAUGGCACACGAGUACAGGGGUAAGAUGGGGAGGACGGGACGGAUUAACCCCGCGUCACGUCAUCCCGUACAGUUAUGGGGGAUAAGGCUGUGCUGUGAAAGUGCACUGAAAGAAGAAAAAACCCCCCCAGCCUUGUUUGUAUUUGCAUUUUGUAUCACCGUAUACUGAUACCUAGUAUUUCAUUCAUUGCUUCAAAUCUCUCUCCUAGGCCCAAUUCAAUUCAAUCCAUCCUAAUACCCUCUCCACCUCAAAAUCCCACAUACAACCAAACCAAAUACCAUCUACCACCAACUCACCCCCCCUUCUCACACCUAAUGUCCACCAACCCACCAACCCCAAAACCAAAACCAAAAACCACCCCACGCCUCACCCUCCUAGACGGCGGCCUAGGAACGACCCUCACCUCCCCACCAUACAACAUCCCCUUUACCUCCGCGCACCCCCUCUGGUCCUCACACCUACUCCUCACACCUUCCUCGCGGGAAACACUCAGGGACGCACAGAAGACAUUUGUGGAUGCGGGGGUGGAUGUGUUGUUGAGUGCUACGUACCAGGCUUCGUUUGUGGGGUUUAGUUUGACGGAGGUAAUAGAGGGGGAUGGGGAUGGGGAUGAGAAUAAGGAUGGCGAUGAGGGGAGAGGGAAAGGGAAAGAGGGUAAGGGGGGAGGGAGAGGGAUUGGAAGGGAGGAGGCGGGGAGGUUAAUGAGGGGUGGGGUGAGGAUUGCGAGGGAGUGUUUUGUUGGUCGGGAUAAGGAGAGAGAUGGGGAAAAGGGAAGUGGGAACGUAGCGCUUUCACUCGGUGCGUAUGGUGCGACGACAAUUCCGGGGACGGAAUACUCUGGUUUAUAUGAUGAUUUACAUACCACCGUCUCCCAACUCGCGGGAUGGCAUUUCGAGAGACUUUCUGUUUAUUUCCCUUCGACGACGGAUUCCGAAAAGGAUGUAGAAGAAGAGGAAGAUGAGCAGGUGGGGAAGGAGAAGGAAGAGUGUUGGGAGAAUGUAAAUUGGAUAGCCUUCGAGACGCUACCGACCAGGAACGAGAUCCUGGCUGUGAGGAGAGUCAUGGAUUCAUUACCUGUGAUACCACAGAAACCUUUCUGGAUAUCUUGUGUUUUCCCCGGAGAGGAGAAUAUUCUGCCUGAUGACUCGAGUUGUUUUCAGGUUGUGGAGGCGAUGCUUGGGACCUCUUCGAAAGCGGGGGAGAAAGAGGAGAGGGGAAGGGUUCCUGAUGGGAUAGGUAUUAACUGUACGAAAGUUUCGAAAUUGGAGAGCCUGGUUUUGGAAUUCGAGGAUGCUACGAGAGAGGUGUUGGGGAGGGAAGGAAGGGAGGAGUGGCCGAUCUUGGUGGUUUAUCCGGAUGGGACGAAGGGGGAGGCGUAUAAUACUACGACGAAGAUGUGGGAGAUGGGGGAGAGUGUGGGGGAGUGUUUGGUUGGUUUAUUUCUUCUUCUUUUUGGUUAUUCGAGUUGCUUUGGGACUUUGGAUUUGAUUCUGGUGUUGGUAUUGUAGGGGGAAAGAACUUCUGCUAACAGAUAUUUUUUCACAGGGUCCUUGGGAUGAAAUCGUUUUUGGGAUCGUGAUGAGAGCAAGGGAGAGGGGCCUUUGGCGAGAGAUAUUUGUGGGGGGCUGUUGUAAGAGUACGGCGGAAGAUAUUGGAAAACUAAGGAGAAGGAUUGAUGAGUUGUGAAAUUACCGGAUUGGGUGGUUGUUACUAGUGAUGGAUUAUCACAAUUUAAUUAUCCCAAUCGGGAAAUAGAGCAGGUGGGAUGGAAGGAUAUUAUUGGUCACAUGAUCUAAAUACCAUGAGGUCUGAUCACGGUACACCGGCACUUGAAGUUAUU